AUGACCACCAUGGAUCUACGUGUCGGUAACAAGUACCGCAUCGGUCGAAAGAUCGGUUCGGGCUCUUUCGGCGAUAUUUACCUGGGCACUAAUAUUAUCUCUGGGGAGGAAAUUGCCAUUAAGCUUGAGAGCGUCAAGGCCAAGCAUCCCCAGCUUGAGUAUGAAGCCCGAGUCUACAAGUCCCUGGCCGGCGGUGUCGGCAUCCCUUUCGUCCGCUGGUUUGGCACCGAGUGUGACUACAAUGCCAUGGUCUUGGACCUUUUGGGCCCCAGCUUGGAGGAUCUUUUCAACUUCUGUAACCGGAAGUUCACCCUGAAGACGGUCCUCCUCCUCGCCGACCAGCUCAUCUCCCGCAUCGAGUACAUCCAUGCUAAGUCCUUCAUCCACCGCGACAUCAAGCCCGAUAACUUCCUCAUGGGCAUCGGUAAACGUGGCAAUCAGGUCAACGUCAUUGACUUCGGCCUGGCCAAGAAAUAUCGGGAUCCCAAGACUCAUUUCCAUAUCCCCUACCGCGAGAACAAGAACCUCACUGGCACCGCUCGAUACGCCUCCAUCAAUACUCACCUUGGUGUCGAACAAUCUCGACGUGAUGACAUGGAAUCUCUUGGUUACGUCAUGCUUUACUUCUGCCGCGGUUCGCUUCCCUGGCAGGGUCUGAAGGCUGCUACCAAGAAGCAGAAGUACGACCGCAUCAUGGAGAAGAAGAUGACCACCCCGACCGAGGUUCUUUGCCGUGGCUUCCCUAACGAGUUCGCCAUUUACCUUAACUACACUCGUUCGCUCCGUUUCGACGACAAGCCUGACUACAGCUACCUCCGUAAGAUCUUCCGUGAUCUCUUCGUCCGUGAGGGCUUCCAGUACGACUAUGUCUUCGACUGGACCGUCUAUAAGUACCAGCGAAACUUGAAUACCAGCUCUUCGUCCCAGGCUGCCAAUGCCAACGCUGCUGCUCAGGGCGGUGGUGCCGCGAAGCCGAAUCCCACUUCGUCCCGCCGACGACCUCAGGAUCCUGAGGGCGAACACGGAGUUGACCGACUAGCGGAUUAG